UACAAGUUGUAACAACUCAUUGUGAGCCCAGCGUUUGGAUUGUGUUUGCGCGCUACUCUGCUUAUAGAUUUGUUUUUAAUAUAAACAUUUACACAAACAUCUGAAGAACACGGACUUCCAAGCAGUGCGCGCACAUAAUGGAUUUUGACAGCCUGUUCGUGGUGGUUGUACUGCUGAGCCGCCCUGAAGCCACCGUAAUCCUCGCGAGCUUUCAGUGUCCUCAAGUUUGCGUCUGCAACAGCGUGGUGAUCGUCUGCACUCGGGACACCCAGUUGGCAUCGGGGAUCUCAUCAGAGUAUGGCAGCUUUGGCACUUUGAGGUUGACUCACUUUCCUUUGAAAGUAAUCCAAAGCAACAACUUUAAAGGACUUUUCAACGUUAGCAAAAUUGAAAUACUUCAAAGUGACCAUAUUGAAAGAAUAGAAAGACACGGCUUUUUGUCCAUGGAAGGUAUAAGUGAAAUCAUCAUUCAGAAUACAAAGCAUCUCACGGUAAUUGAGAAUGAAGCAUUUAUGGACCUUCCCAACUUAACAUACCUGAGCAUUAGUAACACCGCAAUAACUGUGUUCCCUGACGUGACGAAUAUUCAGUCUGUCCAUUCCAGCUUUAUUCUGGAGGUUACUGACAACAUGUACAUUACCACAGUUCCACCCAAUGCAUUUCUGGGAAUGGCUGCGGAAUGUUCAAUAAUGAACCUUUUUAAAAAUGGAUUUCAAGUUAUACAGAAGCAUGCAUUCAAUGGGACAAAACUGAAAAAACUGUCUCUUAAAGGCAAUGAAUAUCUCCAAAAAAUCCAUAAUGAUGCCUUCAAAGGAGCAAUGGGACCUACUGUUUUAGAUGUUUCUUCAACUGGUCUCCAGCUUCUGCCAACCUAUGGACUUCAAUCUGUUAAAGUUUUAUUUGCACAGAUGGCUUACGCUUUUAAAGUGUUGCCCCCCUUAGAUAUAUUUGCUAAUCUAGAGGAAGCACAUUUAACAUACCCCAGCCACUGCUGUGCGUUUCGAAAUUGGAUACUGAAAAAAACGCAAAGCAGUUUUAGUGACUCAUUCAGCAACCUCUCCAAACAUUGCAGCGAUGAAACAUUCAUUGAAAACCUCUUUCUUGAAGGGAUUGACUCCUACGAUUUGGACCUUCAGUAUCCAGAGCUGGACACCUGCAAGAUAGAAAUUCCUUUAAAAUGCACACCAAAUCCCGAUGCUUUCAACCCUUGUGAAGACAUCAUGGGCUACAGCUACCUAAGAGUCCUGAUUUGGAUAAUAAACAUCUUCGCUAUUACGGGGAACUUUAUUGUUCUUUUGGUUUUAGUCACUAGCCAAUACAAGCUCACAGCUCCUAGGUUCCUCAUGUGCAAUCUCGCCUUUGCAGACUUUUGCAUGGGUGUCUACUUGCUCAUGAUCGCCUAUGUUGACUACAGCUCCAAAGGCCAGUAUUACAACCAUGCAAUUAAAUGGCAAACUGGAGCAGGCUGUGGCAUAGCAGGAUUUUUAUCUGUUUUUGCAAGUGAACUUUCCAUAUACACACUAACGAUUAUUACACUGGAGCGCUGGCAUACCAUAACGUAUGCUAUGCAGUUGGAGAGAAAGCUACGGCCAAGGCAUGCUGUACUUAUCAUGGCAGGCGGAUGGGCAUUUUCUCUGAUCAUGGCUUACUUGCCAAUCUUGGGCAUCAGCAGUUAUGCGAAGGUUAGCAUGUGUUUGCCAAUGGACAUUGAAACACCACUUGCUCAAGGUUAUAUCAUCGUAAUUUUGAUUCUCAACACUAUUGCUUUUGUCAUCAUAUGCACCUGCUACAUUAAAAUCUACUUAAACAUACGAAACCCAGAAUUUGCAGGUAAACACAGUGAUGCCAAAAUUGCCAAGAGGAUGGCUAUACUAAUCUUCACCGAUUUUUUGUGCACAGCCCCCAUCAUUUUUUUUGCCAUAUUAGCUGCUUUUAAAAUGCCCCUUAUUUCUGUUAGACACUCCAAGAUACUUUUGGUUUUAUUCUAUCCCAUCAACUCGUGUUCAAAUCCAUUCUUGUAUGCCAUUUUCACCAAGGCAUUCAGAAGGGACUUCUUUAUGCUAAUGAGCAAACUUGGCUGCUGCAAGACGCAUGCUAACACAUACCGAAUGCACAGCUUCUCGAUGCAGAAAUCCAAUAUAAUAAACCUUAGCUCUGGCAGCAGCACCAACCGGAGCAGCCAAGCUGCAUUUACUUUGACUACAUUCCAGUGCCAAUGUUCUGCAGUGACAGGGAAGGAAGGGAAGUGCCCGAGUCUUCCAUAGAUGAAUGCAUUGAAAUAUCUGGAAACUAAUCAUCGACAUCAAGGAUCUUUAUCAUUAGUAAGCCUUCAUUGUGGUGCUUUUCAAAUACAGUCAGAAUAAUGUGAACUUCAGAUUUUUCACCAUAUUCUAUAAAAUUGUGGAAGAGAAUGCAAGCAGAAAGCGUUCCUAAAUACAUCUUUACAUACAGACACAAAGGACUAUCCAGCAAAUUCAGUUUUAA